UUUCUCCUUUCUGUUGCUACUUUUCAUCGUUUCGGAUGUUUGCUUUUGCUUGCUGUGAUCCUCUUCUCUUUGUGACUUUCCCUUUUCAAGAUCAUGCCACCAAUAACAAUAACAACAUCAACAUUUUACAUUUACAUUUUACCCCCAUUCAAAACCCUUUUCAGACAAACAACAAUUGCUAUCACAACUACAAGUACAAAACCUCUUCCCUCAAUCAAAUCAAUAACCCACACUUCAUUUCCAUUCUACCUAGCUAGUUCAACUCCAACAAUGCUUCCUCCUUCUUCUUCUUCUGGUUCCUUCCUCAUCUAAUUCUCUUCCUCCAUUCCAUUCCAUUCCAUUCUCCCAAGAAAAAAAACAAAGACUUGUUUUUUUUUUAAUUUUUUAGCUGGGCCCAUUUGACUAUAAUGGGUGACAAGGGAGACUCAUCCAAGAAACAACCACAACAAUCUCACCACCCUAAACAGCAGCAGCAGCAACAGCAGCAGCAGCAGCAGAUUUCAUCUUCUCCAAAAUCCCUACCACAAGCUUCUGCUGAGGAACCAAUAUCAGAAACAAGGACAAUCCAUCACCAACAGCAACAGUCACCAGUUGUUGUUGUGAGUGGAGCAACUCCAUUCAUCUCAUCAAGCCCUCUCUAUGUCUCAAGUGGUGCAAGUUCUUCACCCUUUGAGCAGCAACAAUUUGAGGCACUGAAUGUUACCUCAAAGAGGCCAAGGUAUACUGGACAAUGGAAGCUUCUUCCAUCACCAUCCUCACAGCAGCAUCAGAAACAAAUGGCGGCCAUGCUCCCAAGCGAAUCAAGCCCUUCACCAUCAGCAAAUCCACCACAACCCUUACAAACAUAUGCUGCUGCUGCAGCAGCAGCGGCUGCAUCAUCUUCAUCAGACACAGCAUCAUCUCCAAGUCACUCACCUAUGCCUUUGCUCUCAGGUGGUUCUGGCCAUGAAGGGAGCAAGCCAACAUCAGAAGGAGAACAACCACCACAGCAACUUCAUCACCAGCAACUAAGAAAAGGGAAGUAUGUGAGUCCAGUUUGGAAGCCUAAUGAGAUGCUAUGGCUUGCAAGGGCAUGGAAAGCACAGUACCAAGGUGGUGGCUCUGAAGGUUCAUCUUCAAGAACAGAACAACAGCAAGAAUUGGGAGGAAUGAGUAGAGGGAAAACUAGGGCUGACAAAGAUAGAGAAGUAGCUGAGUUUCUUCAGAGGCAUGGGGUCAGCAGAGAUGCUAAGACAGCAGGGACCAAAUGGGAUAACAUGUUAGGUGAAUUCAGGAAAGUGUAUGAAUGGGAGAGAGGUGGUGAGAGAGAACAAGUUGGAAAGAGCUACUUUAGGCUCUCACCAUAUGAGAGGAAGCUUCAUAGGUUGCCAGCUUCCUUUGAUGAGGAGGUUUUUGAGGAGCUUUCACAGUUCAUGGGGUCCAGAAUGAGGUCCUCCUCUCAUGGUGGCGGCAGAGGUGUAGAUGAUGGUAGGACAGCAUCACAUGCUGCUGUUGCUACAGUGAGACCUCUGCCACUGCCUCCACCUAGGCCUUACAAGGAUGAUGAUCUUCCUCUCUCAGCCAGGACAACAAAGCAAUUGGGUGGUAAUGAAGCUUUCUUUCAUGGUCCCAACAGAGGUAGCUUAUUAGGGUUGGACCCUCAUCAGCAUAAUUUAUUGGACAUUCAAGGGACUUCGUCUUCUUCAUCUUCCAGAGAGCUGAGAAGAAUUGGGAAGAUAAGGAUGACAUGGGAGGAAUGUGUGAGCCUUUGGGCUGAAGAAGGUGAAGUUCAUAGAGGGAGAGUGAGGGUUCAAGCUUCAAGCUUUUUGAAUGCUGAUGAACUCACUUACUUCGAUGAAUCCAUGGUUCCAUGUCUCAUGGAGUCCUUCGAAGAUGGUCCCCUAAGAGGUUAUUCGGUUGAUAGAUUUGUUUCGGGUCAGCAAGUCAAAGUUUUUGGGAGAAGAAAAUCGUCUUCUGCUUCAUCACCUCCUUCUUCUGGUUUUAACGAAAGACUUCAAUUUCCAUCCAAAUCACCUUCCAUAAGAUGUGAGUUUUUUUUUUUUUAUUUUAGUAUAUACUUUUUGUUUUUGACCCUAUUUCUUUUCAUUAGUCUUUCUAAUUUCUCAUUUGAUUUGAAUAUGGUUUGGGUUGGUGAUGCAGCAGCGAAUACUACAACAACAGUAGAGUUUAGGGACCCAAGUGAAUACUACAUGGAAUGUUUGCAACAGAGAAUAAUGUCAUCACUACAACAACACUCACUUCCAACCUUAUUCGAAUUGAAACGCUACUUGCAAGAGCCACCUCCACAAGACUUACGCUUCCCACUCCGUAAACAGGUUUACGACGACUUACCACCUUCCAAAGACCUCUUCUUCACUCCUUCAACUCACCCGCCUUUCUUGGAUUCUAGAACCUUCCUCUACGACGUCGUUUCCCCUCUCAUCAGAUCCAACAACCCUACCAUUCUCCCAUCUUCUAGAGACUCCUUCAUUCCCCUUUGGGACCAUUGCAUUAACUCAAUUCUUUCCUUCUUCUGUAACCAAGAUUUCAUUCUAAUCAGAAAGCCAACACAUACUACUUCUACUGCAUUGCAAGAUCAAUGGCCCAACGUUACUGGUUUCGUUAACAACUAUUGCUUAUGGCGAGGGGAAGAAACCGAUCAACUACGAGAGGGACAACAAGAUCCGUCUUCCACCAUUGUUGAGAAGCUUCUGUGGACCUACGCGGAUCUACCUUACAUUCUCGGCUACUACGCCAUUGGAACCAAGGUAACACUCUGCGCGCUAAGUAGGUCAACGCAAUCAGACCAAGGAGAAACGAGAAUCGUACGAACGGAUCUACAACAACUUAACCUAACUACACCUACAGAACGAAUCAAAGCUUUGGUUCCGUGUUUCAGAAUCGCUACACUGUUACCGUUACUGAGCAAGAUCUGUAACAACAGCAAGGGACUCGGGAUCUUCACGUACAGCGAUUUCGAGAGAUUUGACCACGGAAACGGCGUCGUAACGGAGAUGACGCCGAACACAUGCACUAGAAUGUUCUCCGAUAAGAGAAAAUGGCUGGCGGCGAAGGAGGUUUACGAGAUCUUGAAACACCGAAUCCCUCACGCGGAGACUCUGGUUCAGUGUUGCGAAAACGACAUGAGUUUAGUGUUCAAGCCGAGAGGUUGCAGAACGAAGCCUUCAAACUGCGAGGAGUUAGUUGAGGCGUUGAAGUGCGUGACGAAAGCGCUGGUGGCGCUGCACGACUUGUCGUUUAUGCAUAGGGAUUUGGGAUGGGAGAAAGUGAUGAGGAGGAGUGAUAGUAGGGAGAGGGAGAGUGAGUGGUUUGUGUGUGGGUUUGAGGAGGCGAGUGGGGCUCCGGAGCUGAACAGGCGCGUGAGAGUUGGGAGGGAGGGGGAGUGGGCGCCGGAAAUGGAAAGAGGUUUGCAUUCCGUUAAAGUUGAUGUGUGGGGGGUUGGGUGGUUGAUAAGGACCUGCGGUUUGGUGGUUCCCAAAAUGGUGAAGGAGUUGGAGAGGAUGUGUAUGGAGAAUAAUCCCGAGCAUCGCCCUACGGCGGCUGACUGUUAUCACCACCUGCUUCAGCUUCAGUCGUCUCUCUCUCACCACCAACCGCCUCCUCCUGCCGCUCAUUUGAUGUGAUUCGUUCAUUUUCACUCAUCAACUCACUUCUAUUCUUCUUUGUUAUUAUGCAUCUAUUUUUCAUUGUUUUUUCUUCUUCU